AUGGACGCUUACUUGAAACGGACGUACGGACAGAAGAGGACUGUGAACAGUCAGACCAAGUACCCAUUUUGGGACUAUAGGUCAAGACGUGGCAGUCUGUCCGCUUCCGCCUCCAACUCCUCUAAUGAUGGUAGCAGUAUAUCAUCUAUUGGGUCACUACGUUCAGAAACAGAAAGUGAGAAUAUUAGUCUAUCUGGUAACUCGGAUAUAGACUCCAUCAUGCUCAGCGACCCCUACCGGAUGACUGUUCACUUUCUUGCUGACGCGCAUGAGAUCUAUCCUAUGAUGGACAUGUACCAGCCAGUUAUUGAUUGGGUGGAUCCAGAUUUACAUAUAUUUAAGAUUUCUGAGAGGACAGAUUUUAGUAAUGGCGAAAACCAGUCAUUUUCUAUGCAAACAUCUUACUUGCCAAGCGUAUCUCUGAUGGUGUUUCUUCAUGAAGAAGGCAUGUUGGGGUGCGAACGAAUUCAAAACGCCAAAAAACAUUUUGAGAAAUCCCCAUGGAAGUUUCACCAUUCAGAGGAGGUUUCUCGUGGGCGGGUUAACCCCUACCCUUACAAUAGUCAGGACUUUUACUACACGUCAGAGGAUCUUCCGCUCUGGGCAGUGCGACAGGUGCAUUAUGGGAAGGAACAUAUACGGGUUGUUGUGUUUGCAAGUGAAGACAAUUGGAAUGAUAUGGUUCAGUUUUAUAAACUUAUCAUUGGCACAGAGCCAGAUUUGAAUCGAAAUGACUUUUGUUUGUUUACAGUUCAUACGCAUUUGAAUUACGAUGUGCAGUUCGCAUUGAAGAAGAUACAAUCGGACAUAAAACCUCGCGCGUUAGACUGUGUUAAAUUGCAAUUCAGGGUUACGGACGUAGGACAUAUUGUGCCGCUGUUUCCAAACGUUUGUAAGCCCUUGUCGGACACUCGGUGGCAGACGACAGACCACGACGGAAAUGCAAUCGUGUUGGAGGUCACAGGAUGCAACCUCUCUCCUUCAGACAAAACAAGUCAUGUAUCUCGACACAGUUCGGACAGAUCAAACCGAUCUGACCAGUCAGGCAGGUUAUCACACAGAUCUGACCAAUCAGACAGACUUUCACGUAGAUCUGACCAAUCAGACAGUUUGUCACACAGAUCUGACCAAUCAGAUCAGUUGUCACAUAGAUCUGAUCAAUCAGACAAAUCGUCACAAAACUCGCUGAAUUCAGGAAAUUCUGACAGGACAGUACAAUUAUCUAGUUUUUACGUAUGA